UGUUUUUUAACUCAAAUUAAAUUUUAUCGGGAGAAGAAAACUUUCAGCCGAAAAUCUCGCCCCGUUCGCCACACGCUUAUUAUCCAGCACCCUGUACUUGCGCAUUUAUCAUAUCACGAUCUCAUAUACGACGUAUCUAUUACGAUCUUAUGCUCAUCUUGGAAUAUGAGUGGGUAGGGACCGCAUAACAGGCAUGUGGGGAUACGGAUGGCGGCGCGCGAGACAAUAUAUACCUGACGAAGGCCUGGUGUUACUGAACACCUGCUCCACACCGGGUCCGAGUGGACCUUUGUCCAAGGGCCGAUAUAAAACUCGUACACCGUUUCGGUCGCGCCAGUAGGCUUUCGAGAGGCGAUCAAACACAUCGCGCCAAUCCUCGCACUGCACGUGACUUCGCGACUGAACGAUCUCGCUAUCGAGAUAAAUCAGAUAAAUCGUGUUAAAAUCACAUUGAAUCACGGUAAAUCCGUUCACCAGUUGUGCCAAAUAGUAAGGUGUUCGUAAAGAAUUCUUACUGAGAAAAUUUAAAAUUGAGAUCCCGGCGAGAAUUUUCAAGAAUUUGAAGAUGCGAGAAUUUAGAAGAGAUUAAAUCCGAAAAUAAAAAGGAUCUGUUAAAUAUCGAGGAUAAACAUCCGAAGAUCUGUGUAUGUGUUAAUGAUAAAAUAAUACACAUCGCGAGGAUUUAUAAAAUAAAAAAUAUAUUUCCCCGAGGGGGAAUAUAUAUGAAUUGAGAAGCAUAGAAAUCCGAAGAUCUUGACUGAAGAUAUUCAAGAGAUCGUGGAGAUGGCGAAUCUGUUGUUGCUGGUAUCAGCGAUUAUAGCUGCGAAUACGUUGAUCGCCGGCACGCGCGCGGAUGAGGAUCUCAAUAGUACGAUCAAACUACUGCAAGAGCAAGUGAGCGCAUUGUUGGAUCAUCGACAGGAAGAUUACAAUGCUUUGGAGGAGAGUCUGAAACAGGCGAUGGAGAAGAACACCGAACUCAUCGUCCUUAGGAACGAAGUGAAGCAACUGAGGAAGGAAGUGAAUGCUCUUCGCGGCGGAAGUGGCAACGAGGCGAAGAAUGAGCGAUUGAGGGUGCGAUGGCUGGGCAGUGCCGUGACGGAACUGCAGAGCGAGGUCGCGGAGGUGCUCAGGACCCGGAACGCCAGCGAGGAGCUUGCCGAGCGCUCGAGGAUGAGGAGCGAACUGACCCUGCUGAAGGGUGACGUCGCCGAGGUAGGCAGGAGUAUACGCGAUCUUGGUGGAAGGAUCACCAAGCUCGAGGCCACCCUUGGUACCAUCAGGCUCGACAUCGCUGCGACCAAGGAACGCGCCAGCCUCCUGUCCCGCUCUUGCGCGGAUGUCAGUAGUCAGUUAAGCACAGUGCAGAUCGAGCUAAAGUCCCUAAAAUGCGAGCCCUCGCUUUCUGGUCAACGGCAGGAUCCGCAGAAGCCGGAAUAUCACAACAAAGCCGAUGUCUUUCGCAACGAAGUGAGCGGAUCGCACGAAAUUACGUCAGCUCGAAGACACAGCUAUUCCCGUGCUCUGGCUCAUCGCGCUCGUCUCGAAGAACGACUACGUAACGUGGAGCGGAAGAUUUCCGUGGUAGCGCGAAAGCGUGCAAUAGUGGAGAAGCGAGUGGUGUACGAAGACCGUGAGCAUCUUGAAGAACGAGUAAGAAGUCUCGAGCUGGCGCAGGUGGAGCUUUCGAAGAGAGUAUCCAAUGCUAGUCGAGAUCUGGUAUCGAUGAACGAGUUGGAUGAGUCAGUGGUAAGACUGUACGACUCAGUUCGUCUGCUCGAAGAGGCCGUUUAUACCAAUCGUUCCGAAGUGAAGCGAGAACUGGCAAGGCUGGAAAUAAAUGCGGCACGAAAGGCGGCCGAGUUGUCGCUGACUAGGGAAGAGCUUGGCAAUCUUCGACGAGCGGUUCAGGCGUUGAGCGUGAGCGCGUCGCAGCUGCAGGAGAAGAGCGAUGUGCAGCGGAAGAGUCUGGACGCCUUGAAUGAGACCCUCAGUCGACUGGACCUUUCUCGAAAUUUGGCUAAGGCAGUGAACGUCACGCACGAGCUAGAACAAGUAGAGGAUCAGUACCGUCUCAUAGUAGAUUCCCUUCCGGGAAAUUGUGAGGAGCGCGACGGCUUGACUUUGCUGGCACCUGGUCCCGGAGCACCCCUGUUGGCUUCCUGCCGCGCUGGUUGGAUCGUCGUGGCCCGCAGAAUUGACGGCGCGGUCGACUUCGAUCGCACCUGGAAUGAAUACUCGGUUGGUUUCGGUUCACCAGUUAGCGAGUUCUGGAUCGGCAACGAGGCGAUGCAUCGGCUCACCCGUGACAACUGCAGUAGGCUGCGAAUUGAUCUGACAGACACCUACGGCGUGCAUUGGCGCGCUGACUACGAGCGUUUCACAAUAGAUUCCGAAGAGACUGGUUAUCGGUUGCACGUAUCCGGUUAUUCGGGCAACGCGACCGACGCACUAUCCUAUCAGGACGGCAUGGCGUUCAGCGCCAAAGAUCGUGACAUGGACAUCAGCACCACCGACUGCGCGGCCAACUAUCGAGGUGGAUGGUGGUUCAGUCAUUGCCAACACGCUAAUCUCAAUGGUAGAUAUUCCUUGGGCUUGACGUGGUACCAAUCGACGACCAAUGAAUGGAUGGCAAUCACAUCUUCCGAGAUGUUGGUGCAACGAAAACAAGACUGUUAAUGAUGCCGAAGCUGUUGACGUUCAUUUAUAUUCAUUUAUAAAUUCGAAUUGAUAGAACGACGCUGACUGAUAAACAGAAAAUCUUGAAAUCCGUUAAUAAGCUGUGUUUAAAUCGUGCACCUCAUACUCAGUUCGCAAGAAUACUUGAUUAUCAUACCAAAGAGUUAAAUGUAAUUUAAAGACUUUUACUGUAAAUACAUUGUAUAGUUAUGCACAAACUCUGUAAACACGCACAGAACUUAUUAUAACUGUAUAGUA